AUGCAUAAUCUCGAUUUCGCUCGUGCUGGCUUUUGGUGUUUCAUUUCGUGUUGUCAGGCACUCAAAAGGCCGCGUCAACACACAGACACGGGAACUGGCACUGCUCAACGGGUUUCAGCACGCAUCACAGUCUCGAGUGCCAAGGAGUCGAGCAUGUCCCCCUGCCAUGGGCCAUGCAACCAGCUGUUGCCAGGCAGCUGCUGA